UUUCCCUUUCCCUUUUUUAACAUCAAAAUCCAACCCUGGUUUUAACGACCCUCCAAACCCUACUCAUUGUUUGUUUGUACUUUGUACCAACCUACCAUUUUUUUUUAAAUUUUUAAAUUUUUUAUAAUACAAAAGCAAAACUAUAAGAAUAUCUCUUCAUCUUUCUCUGCUUCUUCGUCUUCCAUUUACUAAAAAACAGAGACCAGAUUGAUCAAUCGACGUCUAGGGUUUGGGGAUUUUCAAUUCAAUUGGGGUUUUUUUUUCUCAAUUCUUUUGAAAUCCCCCCCACACCACCAAACCUUUGAUUUGAUUUUUCUCUGCGUCCCUGUUUCUAUCUCUCUCUGUCUCUCUCUCUCUCUCUCAUAUUGAUUGAUAUAUAGAAAUAUAUAUUUAUAUAUAUAUUAUAGGCUAUGGAAUUCAUGGAAUUUGGGGUAUCAGAUGAGUUAUUGGGUACUGUGGUUCCGAUUUUGGUUUAUUGGGUAUAUUCUGGAAUUUAUGUUAUGUUGGGAUCGUUGGAGAAUUAUCGAUUGCAUUCGAAAAUGGACGAAGAUGACAAGAAUUUGGUAUCUAAAUCCACGGUUAUCAAAGGUGUUCUUCUUCAACAGAUCGUUCAGGCCAUCGUUGCUAUCCUCUUAUUCACCGUCACUGCAAAUGACAGUGAGGCUGGCACAGUUCAAAAGCGUUCUCUGAUUGUUCUCCUUAGACAAUUCUUUAUUGCAAUGUUGGUUUUAGACACAUGGCAGUAUUUCAUGCAUAGGUAUAUGCAUGAUAACAAGUUCUUGUACCGCCAUAUCCAUUCUCAACAUCACCGCCUUGUGGUCCCAUACUCAUUCGGAGCUCUAUAUAACCACCCAUUAGAGGGUCUUCUCCUCGACACGAUUGGUGGUGCACUAUCAUUCCUCCUCUCCGGCAUGUCUCCUCGAACUUCCAUCUUCUUCUUCUCCUUCGCUACGAUCAAAACAGUCGAUGACCAUUGUGGGCUUUGGCUCCCAGGGAACCUCUUCCAUCUCUUCUUUAGAAACAACAGUGCCUAUCACGAUAUUCACCACCAACUUUAUGGAAGCAAAUACAACUUUUCGCAGCCAUUCUUUGUCAUGUGGGAUAGAAUUCUUGGCACUUAUAUGCCUUAUUCACUUGAGAAGAGAGCAGGUGGAGGACUUCAAGCUAGACCCUCUGAAGAUUGCAAGGAUAAUUGAUGAGAUUGGAUGUUUAUUAUUGUUUGUUACACAUUGUGUACCACUAGUACUAGUUUUUAUUUUUUAUUUUUCCAGCUGUUGAUUGCUUACAUGAGUUGUAUAUAUAUAUAUAUUUGUUGUAUUAUCGGUUUUCAUUUGACCAUGUAAGUUUUUGAUAAUCAUCAAUAAUGGAAGUGAGAGCCGAAAUCUUCACCGUGGUUUAUGUGGCCUUAUCUUU